AUGCAAACGAUCAAAUGUGUUGUCGUUGGCGAUGGAGCAGUUGGAAAAACAUGCUUAUUGAUUAGCUAUACGACGAACAAAUUCCCUAGUGAAUAUGUUCCGACUGUAUUUGAUAAUUAUGCAGUGACAGUCAUGAUCGGAGGUGAACCCUACACAUUGGGUUUAUUUGAUACUGCCGGACAAGAAGAUUAUGAUCGUCUUCGUCCAUUGAGUUAUCCUCAGACAGACGUAUUUCUCGUAUGCUUCAGCGUUGUCUCACCGUCGUCAUUUGAGAAUGUUCGUGAAAAAUGGGUGCCUGAGAUUUCUCAUCAUUGUGCUAAAACUCCGUUUUUACUCGUCGGCACGCAAAUUGAUCUUCGCGAAGAUCCAGGUACAAUGGAAAAAUUACAAAAAUCUCGUCAAAAGCCUACAUCGCAUGAACAAGGAGACAAACUGGCACGAGAAUUGAAAGCAGUCAAAUAUGUUGAAUGUAGUGCAUUGACACAAAAAGGUUUGAAGAAUGUCUUCGACGAGGCAAUCCUAGCUGCAUUAGAACCGCCGAAAAAAACGAAAAAAUCAACAUGUGAACUUUUAUAA